AUGGAAAUCAACUCCAAUGAGGGAUGUCCCAUCUGGUUCACGGAGGAAUGCGAAGAGAACCGCUACACGAUCAAGCAUCGGAAAUACCGCGACGUGGACCGACCUGAUCACGUUGCACGUCAGCACCAGAUGGAUGCCCAAAUGCCGUUGAAAGCCUGCUGGAAGUAUUAUCGGCAAUUAUUGGAUGAUCAGACGACUAUGAUCAGAUCCAAAGAUGACAAAACAGCCUUUCUUUACGGCCUGGAGCGAUUCCCACGGCUCCAAAGAGUGACCGUUACGCCUGCGGCCCACGGCUGGCUGUUUACUCCGUUGUACGAGACACCUAUGAUCCGAGCAUUUCCAUGCGGAUUCAACUAUCCGAUUCCGCGAGGAUGGCACUAUGAUCCCGUUGAUUCUCAGGUUGCCGAGCCGCUACCGUGGUCAGAGGCAACCGAUGACUACAAGGAGCUAUGGCGAGGGGCUCGAAUUGUUCUUCGCCUUUUGUCACAAGCUGAGAAGCAUAAUGUUUCCGAGCUGAGCUUCAACUCCAAGCAACUCCACACCGGACUAAACUUUUUGAUUUUCGACCGGCCGUCAGUGGUUACUGGACAGGAUUCCAAAGCGGAUUAUUCCGUCAAGCUGUGA